AUGGCUUCAUUCACUAAAAUUUCCACCUUCGUCGCAAUCAUUGCCUCAUUGCAACAAUUGACAGUUGCUACACCACCAGCAUGCUUGUUGGCCUGUGUCUCUCAAGUCCAAAAAUCGUCUUCGCAAUGCUCAGGAUUGAAUGAUUUGUCAUGCAUCUGUUCAAAUGAAGGAAACGAUGUCAAAUCCUGCUUGGAUAAAAUUUGCCCCAAUGGUGAUGCCGAUGCUGCUAAGCUGGCUUUUGAAAACUCGUGUUCGGGACAUGAUAAUGGAUCAAGCAGCUCUUCCUCUCAAGCUGAAUCUUCAUCAUCCACCGAGGAGUCUUCUUCAUCUGCCUCUUCUUCUUCUUCUUCUGAGGCUCCAUCCAGCUCGAGCGAAGUUGAAACAUCUUCAUCUGUCGCUGCUGAAUCCUCAUCUGAAUCCGCUGCUGCUCCAUCCAGCUCAUCCACCGUUGUUGCUGAAUCCUCCUCCGAAGCUGUAGCUCCAUCUUCUUCAGCAAUUGCCACUGAAUCAUCUUCAGGAGCUGCUCCAUCAUCAACCGUUGCCGCCGAAUCAUCAUCAGCUGAAGCCCCAUCUACCUUGCAAACUUCUUCAGUCGCUGCUGAAUCGUCAUCAUCAUCAUCACCAUCAUCUGCUCAAACAGCUCCUGCUGUCUCUGCUCAAUCCGGUGAUGCAGGCGCCAACAAGGUUGGUUUGGGUGCUUUGGUUGGUUUGGUCGGUGCUGCUUUGUUGUAA